CUCUCUCUCGUGUUAUUUCUCCCCAUUCUCGCUUCAUUUCCCAUCCAUUUUCGAGUUCUGCAAUAUCCUCACUAACUAGUAUAGCCAUGGCCGACUCUCUGACCGAAGAGCAAGUUUCCGAGUACAAGGAGGCCUUCUCCCUAUUUGACAAGGAUGGCGAUGGCCAGAUUACCACUAAGGAGCUUGGCACUGUCAUGCGCUCGCUCGGUCAGAAUCCUUCAGAGUCUGAGCUUCAGGACAUGAUCAACGAAGUUGACGCCGACAACAAUGGCACCAUUGACUUUCCAGAGUUCCUUACCAUGAUGGCCAGAAAGAUGAAGGACACCGAUUCCGAGGAGGAAAUUCGGGAGGCGUUCAAGGUCUUCGACCGUGACAACAAUGGUUUCAUCUCCGCUGCUGAGCUGCGUCACGUCAUGACCUCGAUCGGUGAGAAGCUCACCGAUGACGAAGUCGACGAGAUGAUCCGCGAGGCGGACCAGGAUGGCGACGGCCGAAUUGACUACAACGAAUUCGUCCAACUUAUGAUGCAAAAAUAAACGCUCUUACCUUUGAUGUUUAUCGUUAGCGAAGAAGGUGUGGACACUUUCCAGCUGUCUCAUCUUAGUUGUCAUAUCAUUGAAUGUAGCCUAUCUGAUUGCGGAUAAGCAACUGAUGGUUGUAACGGCUUCCAUUUUGUUCUGACUUCUGAGUACCCUUUUCCUUCAUGUUUGUUCGUCGACCAUUCUGCUAGUGAGAUAUGCGUAGAGUUGGGUAGGCUGAAUUUACGAGUCUCUGUUGGGGAUAUCACAAU